GAUAUAUACUAUUUCAGAUAUCAGCGUACAUAAAAUGCUUUUGGACGAAAAAUGAGAUUUGUUUGACGAAUUAAGUGCUUCUGAUCCUUUUCAUAAAAAAAUUCAUAAUUAGAGGAAACACCGUGGAAUUAUAAAAUGGCCCAAGUUUUAAAACCGGCGUUAGAGCAGCUCAGCAACUAUAUUAUAGUUGAUAUUGGAGCAAACCUGACAAACAAGAAGUUUUCUCGGGAUCUAGAUCAGGUCAUACAGAGAGCUACAGAUGCAGGAGUUACCAAGAUGAUGGUUACCGGCACCUCACUCCACUCAACCAAGGAGGCACUCAGGCUUACCAGACUAUACCCAAACACAUUGUAUUCUACAGCAGGAGUCCAUCCGCACGAUGCGAAAUCUUGGGAAGAGGAUACAUACAGUGAAUUAGCAACUGUAGCUGCUUCAAGUGAAUGUGUAGCUGUGGGUGAAUGUGGUCUUGAUUUUAACAGAAAUUUUUCCCCUCCUGAGGUGCAAAUCUCAGUUUUUGAAAAACAGGUUGAGCUGGCCUGUACCCUGGGUAAACCUUUAUUUCUUCAUGAACGAGAUGCCCAUGAGGCAAUGGUGAAAAUCCUGGAAAAAAAUAUUCACAGACUGCCUGCCUGUGUUAUACAUUGUUUUACUGGAACUAAAGAACAUGCAGCUAAAUAUCUAGAAUUAGGAUGUUAUAUUGGACUUACAGGUUAUCUAUGGAAGGAUAAAUCUGAGGACGGAGUAAGAAAAUUACUGGAAGAUGGAGCUAUACCACUAGAUAAGCUCCUGGUUGAGACGGACAGUCCCUUUAUGUAUCCUAAUACUAGAGCAAGCAAGCUUCCACAACAUAUCAAGGAUUGCUUAACAGAGAGAUCUGUAACUUUUCUACAGAGAUAUUGUACUUUUCAGAGAAAUGAACCAUGUUCACUCCCCGUCACGGUAAAGUGUUAUUUUUAGAUUUAUUCUAUUCUU